AAACAAUGCAUUCAGUUGUAUUAUAUGGGUAUUUCAACAUUCGAAAUGCAUUUUUACAUGCGAUAUAAUAGUUUAUUUAAUUGCUUAUUAAGGACUAUAUCAGUCUUUUUGUGCGCACGGAUAUUUUUGGAAGGAAAGGAAAUACUUGUAAAAGAUAAUACUUCCAUGGUGCGUUGAAGGGAAAUUUGAUUCUGUUUUAUCAGAAAUACGAAGACUUGUUGGACAUUCAAUAUACUGAUACUGCAAAAAAACACAUUGACUAUUCAGCUAUCAGAAACCUUCGUGAAUGCGAUUGAAAUUGAAAUUAGAGUACGGUUGUACCAGUGUAUUGGCAUUUGAGUCAGAGAUAAACAUAAAUAAAUGGCAAAUUUGAGCCGAGGCUAUUAAGGACAAUGAAUAAAUCAAAAGUGAAAACAUUAAGGUAAUAAGAAAUGUGAUACACGCUCAUAUUCUGAUUGCAUUGUCUUCAUUGAAAGUCAAUUAGUUCUACCUUAAGAAAAACAGCUAUGUUUGGAUACAAUCCAGUUGCUAGUUUUAAAAAGCGAUCUGUUUAUAAAACAGAAUUUGAUAUUUUCAAACGUAGUACCGAAAUUGACUUGAUCAGUUUGGUUAGUUAUGACGACGAUCCCCCAAACACAUUUUACAAGGCAAGAACACAGAGGAGAGAAAGACCGAAAACUGUUCAGGAUCGGAGAUACAGGCCUCCCACCACAUACAGAGCGAACAAUUACCCAAAAAGCGCUGUAGGUACACGCUCUGUAAGACAGAAAAGUGAAAGAAAGCAGCAAUCAAAGAGUGCGAUUCAAACAUCAAGACAAACGUCAGUUCAUAAAAAGUCGGAAGAAAAUGUGAACACAACCACCUACCCGAGGUCAAGAAAAGAGACUGAUAUUUAUAGAGACUUUGCGAAAACCUCAAGAUCUUUCCUCAAACGAAAACCACAGAGCGCUACAGACAAACGGACGAUCACGGAAAAACAGCGGCAGUGCCAGAGCGCUUUAGGAUAUCAGGAUGAAAAUGAUGUGAUCGUGUCGGGGCCACAAAGAUGUAGUACCACAUGUGGUUAUCGCCAUGGUGAAAGGCAUGCAUACGAGCACUUAAAAACAAAAAGGCAAAAUAAUCCUAAUAUUUGCAUUGAUAAAAAGACAAGCAAGUUUAAUCCAAGUGUCAACACAAAUUUGGUGACACCUGUAAACAAAGCGUCGCGAUCUACAAACGCCAAUUGUAAACCGGAAAAUAUUCAGCUAAUGAAAUCAAAUGAUACUGGAUUAGAUCAGUCGAAUGUAACAGAUGAAGAUAUAGAUGAAUUUUCAAAUAUACUAGUUGAAGACACGGAUAAUGAUUAUGAACCUCUUAAUCAGUCACUUAAUUAUCAGGACAAUCAUAAUAUAACAACGAUUAUUGUUUGUGAAGACCAAAACUCGAAAACAACAAACACAGUGAAACAAACGUUAAACAGUGUUUCCAUUUCGGAAGGCUCGCAAUCAGUUUGGACUAAUGAGCAUAUGUUUUCAUCAACACCAGUACAAUACUUUACCACAGGAAAUCCUGUAGUAUCUGACAUUUUCGACUCUAAAGACAGUGGUGUAUGUAGUAAUUUCACAUCAAUUGAUUCGGUUAAAAGUGUUGUGAAUAAAACUGAGGAGCUACAAAAGAACGCGGAUGGUACAAGGCAUGUACAGUUUGAAGUUUUUGGAACCGACAAAAAUGUUGACAUAGAAACAGUGAGUAGUAAUUUUGAUGAACAAUCUGUCGACAUUUCCAAAGAAGUAAAUGAGACAGCUUACGAUGUAGAUACUUUAUUUCAGGAUUUUGAAAGGGUCGGCAAUCAUAGCAGAUUUUCUACUGCAAGUUUCGAAUGCCAUAGUACACAUAUCGGUGAAGAUAAUAAUUCAUUAAUAUCUGAACGCAUUCAACAGCGCUUUUUAAAACAGGUAACACUUAGAGAUAAUAAGAAAGAAAGCGAUUCUGUCAACGAUAAAACUUUAACUUCAAGCAGCUCGGAAGACUUUCUUGAAGAAAAAGCCAUGUCAAAAGAAGCCCGUCACGCAAUUUUGGAAACCUUAAAUGACAUGGGUGUGAAAACAACGAAGAGAAAUAAAGAGAACAAAUCGGUGAAUAACAAAUCAGUCAAUAGUUAUCACAAAAGUGUGCCUUCUCAGAGACGUAUGAAGGAUAACAGAAGUAAAUACGACCAUUUCAUGCGUGAGCAUUCGAGGUCAGUGCUUCGAAACCAGUUCAAAUCUUUGGACAGCCUCGGGAAUGAUGAGAACAGUUCCCAGUUCUCUUCACCAACAUUUGCAAAAGAAUGUGACGACUCUUCAAGUGAAGAGUUGGAUAAAAAGAAGUUAUUCCCCUCUCUUAGGGAGAAUACAAAACUUAGCCGAACAACCGUUCAAUCAAACCCGGUGAAAACAAAAAUCUACAACUUGGAACAAGCAAAGAAGAAAAAUUUCAAAAUUCCUGGAAUCGGAAAUUACAAAAUUCCAGCCAAUCCGGACGAUUUUGAAAUAACACCGCCAGGAUUUGAUAGUAGGUACAGUCAAAGGCCAUCAUUUAUUUCAAAAGAGGAGAUGGAGGUACCGCCACAGUUUAUUCGAGAAAGAUCCAUACAAAAGUGUCAAAGCUGGUUGACUAAUGUGAAUAUGUCGCCGAUGGCAUUAAAGCCAAUUAAAAAACCAAAGAAAGACCACUCUUGAGAUUUGCGAGAAGAUUUUUCAUAUCGUCCAUUUCCUUCAAGCGUUUAAAAAAUAGUUGACCCGAUUGUUUAGAACUUCAUUACAAUUAACAACAUCAUCGUUAACAUUUCAAGGUGACCUAUUAAACGAUGUGCUCAUAUAUUGAGCAAAUGUCUCAGUAUUUAUAAGCAGUACUACAUUAUGGCAAUGAAUAUUCAACAGUAGUAGUGAUUUGAAUGUUAACGAUAAUGUUAACAACGAUAAUGUUGACAACGAUAAUGUUAACAACGAUAAUGUUGAAAACGAUAAUGUUGACAACGAUAAUGUUAACAGUAUGUCUUAUGUAUAAAAGUUCUGAACAAUCGGUCUUAUGUAUAUACGUUCAUUUGACGAGCAAUAGACGUAAGGAUUUCUGACAAAUGGUACGUCACAUAUUUGACUCGUCGAGUCUGACACGGACAAUCUAAAUACAUUUGAUGAGUUGCAAUUACUGAUUGUGAGAACGUUCUAGUGUCGACAAUCAAAAUACAUUUGAUGAGUUGCAAUUACUGAUAGUAAGAAUGUUCUAGUGUCGACAACCACAAUUUAAUGACUGGUAUGUGCCAUAUAGUAGAACCUGUAUCAGCACCAUUUCUUGAUGAAUGCCAUUUACGCCAAUGUACAGUGUAUCGUUAUUUGUUAUAUUUAAUGUGUUUUUCUACCUUUCUUUGCACAAAGAAACUUUUUAAUUAUUUAAGUUAUAUAUUUUUUAUCAAGAUUGAUCAUGUUUCUAGUCUUACGUUUUUUUAAUAAUGUAUCUUUAUAGUAUUUAUAGAAUAAACAAAAUGUCGCGGCAUGCAUUCGAAAUUAAAAUUGCUGUUUUUACGACAAUAUCAUUUUGUUUUAUUUGUGUAUAUGUUGCAUAAGGACUUAUAUUUCAAAUUCGUUCAUGAAAAUGUCUAUUGAAUUAUGCUAUCCGAGAGAAGAUCUGAUAAGUAUGCUUAGAUCUAUUAUUGUUUUGUAUUUUAAAAACAUAAGGUAAAUAUUUUAUUAUUUAAUUUACUAAACAAAUUAUGUGACAGUCAACAUUAAAUCAUACGACAGGCAGCUCAACCUUGUAAUUAAACAUUGGUUGUUUUGUUUAAACAAAAUGGCCCGUAUAAUAGGUCACAGGUUGAAUGAGAAAAGAGCCACCUUGGGUUGACACUUGAAUG